AUAUAACAAAGUCGAGAAACAGUCGGUGGAUCUCAACACUACUUAUGAGCAGCAGUAGCUGCUCUUCGUAGAAUAAGUAGGAAGAAGUCAAAUCGAUUUGAAGAUUCUCUAACCCUUCAUAUUCAAGAAGGAAUUCGAAGCCGAAGCUCCACUCGUACAGAUCCUCUUCUCCAUUUGAAUUCUCAAAUAUUCUUCGUUUCUUCAAACCCAACAAUUGUGAGUUAGUUCUUCUUAGUCAGACAAUAUCUUCUUCCCUCGAUCUGUGUUUGACAAACUUCGAAUUGGUUCUGUUUCUGAAUUCAUUCUUUUCCUUCCACUUUCUUGUCUUCUCCAUUGUUGUUGCUGCUGUAACUGUUACUCUCAAAUUAGCGUUCCUUCGAUCCGUUUUUGUUUGGUUAUAUUUUCCCCCCUUUUCCUUAUUCCGAUUAGGGUUCUGAGUUUCUGUUAUUCUAUUUUUCAUUUUUCGUAGGAGUGAGAUGUAUUGGCACUAGAUUGUCUGUGAUUCUGAAUCACGAAAAAAUGAGGCGAAGACCGAUGGAUUUCCGACGGCCUGUGAGGAGGAGAUUUUCGAAGGCAUUCUGGUUGACAUUAUUUGGUUUGGUUAUUCUGCUUUUCAUUGUGAUUUUUAGCCAGGACAAGCAGCCAGGAUCCAGCUCCGUAUUGCCUCAGAGAUAUUCCAGGCACCACAGUAUCACAGAAGGUCUUAAUAUUACUGAAGAAAUGUUGAGCCCUGUCUCAAUCUCAAGGCAAUUGGGUGAUCAGAUUUCUCUUGCGAAAGCUAUUGUUGUGAUUGCGAAAGAAAGCAACAAUCUCCAAUUUGCAUGGGAGCUAAGCGCUCAGAUCCGGCAGUCCCAGAUACUUUUGUCUGAUGCUGCAACAAGGAGAACUACAUUGACAGCAAGAGAAUCUGAAACUGCAAUCCGUGAUAUGGCACUUUUGCUCUACCAAGCACAGCAACUCCAUUAUGACAGUGCAACCAUGAUCAUGAAGUUGAAAGCCAAAAUCCAGUCUCUCGAAGAGCAGGCAAACUCUGUGAAUGAGAAGAGCUUAAAGUAUGGGCAAAUAGCUGCUGAGGAAGUCCCAAAAAGUUUAUACUGCCUGGGUGUCAGGUUAACAGUUGAAUGGUUCAAGAACCCUAAUUUCCAAAGGGGACUUACAGACAGAAGGAGAAUUUCUGAGAAACUCAAGGACAACAAUCUCUAUCAUUUCUGUGUCUUCUCUGACAACAUUCUUGCAACUUCAGUUGUUGUCAACUCAACUGCUAUGAACUCCAUUCAUCCAGAUACGGUUGUUUUUCACCUUGUGACUGAUGAAGUCAACUACGCUCCUAUGAAGGCCUGGUUCUCCAUGAACAGUUUCCGAGGAGUAACGAUAGAGGUUCAGAAGUUUGAGGACUUUAGCUGGCUCAAUGCUUCUUAUGUUCCUGUCCUAAAGCAGCUCCAAGACUCGGACACUAAGAAUUAUUACUUCUCUGGCAACACUGAUAAUGGCCGGACUCCAAUCAAGUAUCGGAAUCCAAAAUAUCUAUCCAUGCUUAACCACCUCCGGUUCUACAUUCCUGAGGUUUUCCCCACAUUAGAGAAAGUGGUAUUUCUGGAUGAUGAUGUUGUGGUUCAGAAAGAUUUGUCGGGGCUAUUCUCCAUUGAUCUGAAAGGCAAUGUGAAUGGAGCUGUUGAAACAUGCAUGGAGACAUUCCACAGAUACCACAAAUACUUGAACUGUUCUCACCCUCUAAUUCGUGCAAAUUUUGAUCCAGAUGCCUGUGGGUGGGCAUUUGGGAUGAACAUAUUUGAUUUGGUCGAGUGGAGGAAAAGGAAUGUGACUGGCAUCUACCACUAUUGGCAGGAGCGGAACGUAGACAGAACAUUGUGGAAGCUUGGGACUCUGCCGCCUGGACUACUGACUUUCUAUGGGAUAACUGAGCCAUUGGAUCCCAGGUGGCAUGUCUUGGGGUUGGGAUACAAAGUUGUUGAUGCCGAGUUGAUAGAAAAGGGGGCUGUGUUGCACUUCAAUGGGAACUCCAAGCCCUGGUUGAAGAUUGGAAUGGAAAAAUACAAGCCUCUGUGGGAGAAGUAUGUCGAUUAUUUGCAUCCCAUGUUAGAGCAGUGUAACUUCCAUUAAUUUUGGUAUGGAAGUGUGGUAUUUCCUGCUUCUAGGUUGCUUUGAAUGCGACCAAAAUUUUGCCAUUGGAAUGCAUGUAAAAUCCCAAGAUUAAGCCCUGGGUAUGGCGGGGGCGGGGGCGG